UCUCUCUCUCUUCUCUCUCUCUCUCUCCUCUCUCUCUGCAAUGGUUUGCUUUUGUUUUCUGGUGGAUCAGACUCGUCAGGUGCGGCGGAGCAAACCGGCGGCUGGAUUUUGUUCCCGGUGCGGCGGCGGGGCCAGCGUCGCCGACAUGAAGACCGCCACUAGAUUCUGUUCCGUCCCAUUUUAUUGGAGGUCUUGGAGAGCCAUUAUUUGCACUUUCUGUGGAGCUAUUAUCAGAUCAUAUCGCUGAAGCGCCUCUAAUGUGAUUUAGAUUAUUAUCAAAACUUAGCUUAAAGCUUGUCUAAUGUCUGAUUAACAUUUCUUAGCUAUGAUUUCAAUGCUGUUCAUAUUCCUUUUGAUUUUUCUA